AUGGCUAUUAUUCCGCCUCCUAAAAUAAUAACAUGGCCUUCUGAAGAAAUCUUUCUCAACCCACAAACAUAUAAACAUCAAGUUGUAAAGAAAAGAAAUACUGGCAUUAACGAGAUAUGGUUUUGUAUCACUUCAGAAUCUUCAAUUGUUAUUUCUAAACCAAACUGCGAUGAUAAUUGGAAAAAGAGAAAUGUUAAUUUAUGUGACUUGUACAGGAUAUUUCAUUGGGCAGGAACUACAGCAAUUUAUGAUAGAAUGGGUGAAUGGAAAUCAACAAGAUAA